AAGAAGGAGAAGAAGAACAAGUAUGCAUUAGCUUGCUCCUUCAUUGCAUCCUUCAUCUCAAUUUUGAUGGGUUACGAUACUGGCGUGAUGAGCGGUGCAAUGCUGUUCAUCCAGGAGGACCUCAAGGUGUCAGACGCGCAAAUCCAAGUACUUGCCGGCAUCCUCAACGCUUGCGCCCUCGUCGGGUCGCUGACCGCCGGCCGGAUCUCUGACUUGAUUGGCCGCCGCUACACUAUAGUCAUUGGCGCUGCCAUUUUCUUAGUUGGCUCCGUCCUCAUGGGCCUCGGCCUCAACUUCGCCAUGCUGAUGUCCGGUCGCUGCAUUGCCGGCGUCGGCGUGGGAUACGCACUCAUGAUUGCUCCCGUCUACUCGGCCGAGAUUUCCUCGCCGUCCUCCCGUGGUUUCCUUAGCUCUCUUCCGGAGAUCUGCAUCAACUUGGGGAUCCUCAGCGGCUACCUGGCCAACUUUGCCUUCGGCAAGCUCCCACUCAUCUAUGGCUGGCGUGCCAUGCUCGGCUUUGCUUCCAUCCCCUCCGUCUUCCUCGCCGCCAGCGUCCUCAUGAUGCCCGAGUCACCGCGGUGGCUGGUGAUGCAGGGGCGCCUAAAGGAUGCACGUGACAUCCUCCUCCGCGUCAGCAACAGCAAGGAGGAGGCCGACGAGCGGCUGGGAGAAAUGAAGGCAACGGUGGGAAUCGACAAGGAGUGCGCCGCCGACGUGGUGGCAGUGACGAGUAAGCAUCACGGCGAGGGGGUGUGGAGGGAGAUCCUGCAGCCUACCCCGGCGGUGCGCCGGGUGCUCAUCGCCACCGUAGGCAUUCACGUGUUCCAGCACGCCACCGGGAUCGAGGCAGUGGUGCUAUACAGCCCCAGAAUCUUCAAGAAGGCAGGGCUGGUGACGAAGGAGCAGCAGUUUCUGGCGACGAUCGCCGUGGGGGUGUUCAAGACGGUGUUCAUCCUGCUGGCAAUAUUGCUGGUGGACAGGGUAGGGCGGCGGAAGAUGCUGCUGGGGAGCUUGACGGGGAUGAUAACGUCAUUGGUAGGUUUAGGGGCGGUGCUGACGGUGGUAGAGCGGUCGGAGCAGAGGCUGGUGUGGGCGGAGGUUCUAUGCGUGGUGUUUGUGUUGUCGUUCGUGUCGUCGUUCUCGAGCGGGCUGGGACCAGUGACGUGGGUGUACUGCUCGGAGAUCUUCCCGUUGAGGCUGCGAGCGCAGGGGGCGAGCUUGGGAGUGGCAAUCAACAGGCUGAUGAACUCCGCCAUGUCCAUGUCCUUCAUCUCCCUCUACAAGGCAAUCACCAUAGGCGGCGCCUUCUUCCUCUUCGCCGGCAUCGGGAUCUUUGCCUGGGUGUUCUAUUACAAGUGUUGCCCGGAGACGAAGGGGAGGGCGCUGGAGGAUGAUAUGAUGGAGGUCUUCACCAGGCCCGGCGACAAGAAGCCUGAACAGAACUGA